CAGCGGAUUAGCAGCUCCAUCUCUCUGCCGGGGGCACCAACCUGGAUCCUAGGAACAUUCUGACCCAGAUCUGCACACAGCAGUGGAGGAAAUAUUCCACUUCUACUGGAGCCGCAACAUCUGCUGAUCGCUGUCAGUGAGCGCAACUUGCCCGGAUCGGAUCUGGCACCACCUGGCGCAGGUAAAGAGAGUAGAGCCGGGGAGCAGGACCUGCCUGGAGUCCGAGGGCAGCUGGAGAUGUACGAGAUGAAGGCACCUGCCCCGUCCUCUUCCUCCUCCAACCCUUCCUCUUCUCCUCUGUCCUCCUACUGUUCAUCCUUGGCCGGGGACUCAGAGAUAGACGUGGAGAGCCUGGAGCUGGAGGGAGAUGGGCAGCCUGAGCUCUGCAGGGCAAGGCACCUCGAUGAAGAAGAUGAAGAUGAGGAGGAGCAGGAAGGGGCUGAUGGUGCCCCGGUCAGUAAAGGGGAGCAACAGAAGGCCAAUGAAAAAGGAGGCGAGCAAAGGAAGCUGAGCAGGACCCCCAAAUGUGCCAGAUGCAGGAACCACGGGGUCGUGUCCUGUCUAAAGGGCCACAAACGAUUCUGCCGCUGGAGGGACUGCCAGUGUGCUAACUGCCUGCUGGUGGUUGAGAGGCAACGUGUCAUGGCUGCACAGGUGGCACUCAGGAGGCAGCAGGCCACAGAGGAUAAGAAAGGUUUGUCUGCCAAGCCCAGUAUUGCAGAGCGCAAGCCCGUGUAUCAGAGGCACAUUCGCCCCCCGAGCCUACUGGCCAAGAGUAUUCUGGAAGGUUACCGGCCGGUGCAAACUGAUUCCUACCUGGGCACCAGUCCACCAUUGCCUGCCCAGGUCAGUGACAGGAUGCGGAAGAGGAGAGCCUUUGCAGAUAAGGAACUUGAGCACAUCAUGCUGGAGAGGGAGUUUAAAGAGAGAGAGAUGUUGGAGGCCACUCAAGCUGCUGGACUUUUCUUACCUAACCGUAUGGUUCAUGCUGCUGAAUAUAAUUCCUACAAAGCAGCGUAUGGGCCCCCACAGGCUGACGUCCCUAACAAGGACUUCUGCAAUUUCCUUCCUACCUGCCUUGAUCUCACAAUGCAAUAUUCAGGAUCUGGGAACAUGGAACUCAUAUCCUCAAAUGUCAGUGUGGCUACAACAUACAGACAAUAUCCUGUGCCUUCCAGGUUCUUGGUUUGGCCAAAGACUGGACCUAUCAGUGAUGCUCUUCUUUACCAGCAGUGUCUAUUAAAUGCAACAGCCAUGCAGGCCUUGAAACCAGGGCCAAACUGGGACUCCAAGUCUAACCCAGUUAGUGAAUGUCAGACUUCAGAACAUGACUUGCUGGCACCUUCAAAAAUAGACAAUCCAAUCCUACACCCUCAGAAUGAUUAUGGAAGCCUGCCUCAGGACAAUGCAGAAAGGUCUGCCUUUUCACCACCCAAAAGAAACUUCCCGCUUAUUUCCUCUAAGGACCACUUAUCUGCACAGGACAGUUUAAUGAACAAAAUCAGCAAAGAGGUCACAAAGCAGCCACACUCUUUAAAAUACAACCCAUUCCAUGCAUUGCUCCAGCAGGCACAUCUUGAAAAGUCAUUGGAAGAUCUAAAACCCCCAUGUGUCAAAGAUCUCUAUGAAGAGCCUGCAAAGAAAUUCAGAGAAUAUCCAUCCAAAGAAAAUCAGAAAUACAAAUUUACAUUUGACAGACACAACAAGGACUUCUUCUUAGGAAAUGAGUCAGGAACAAAGCUGACUGUCAGUGAACCUUUACCCUUCUCUGUAGAGUCAAUUCUCAAAAGGCCCUCAACCACGGUCAAACGUUCUAGUCAGUAAAUGGUCCUUAGCCUGUGCUCAAUGGGCUUGUUCUGUCUUCUCAUCUUUCUCGUUGCAGUACCUGUGCUGAUACUCCUUUUGUACAUGACUGAUAAAUAUUAUGUAUAUACAGUUACAGUUACAUCUUCUCUUUUGUAAAAAGUUCUAUAUUUAAAUGUAAAAAUAUGAUCUGAAUAUAUGAAUUGUAAACUAUGUGAGUUUUGAAUAUAUAAUUAUAUAUAAAUAUAUAUAUAUAAUAAAAUUCUAUAAUAAUUUUC